UCUGAAAUUUCAUCGGAAAGAAGCUAUGCCGAGGUAUGAUGACCGUCGUGGUGGCACUCGUCUGUAUGUUGGCCAUUUGUCUUCGAGGACAAGAUCACGCGAUCUUGACGACAUGUUUAGCAGAUAUGGGAGGUCUGUUGGCUUUUGCCUAACCCGGAGGUCUAUGGUGAGAGGGUGACCUUGGUGGAUUUGGCGAGUCUUUCUAUAUUGUUAUUCGUGUUUUUAGCGAAAUGGCAACAGUCUCAAAAAGUGGUGUUUUUGGUUCAUCUGUGAUGUGAGUGGCAAACUAUCAACCCUUUGAUAAUUGUGUCAUGAUGGCCUUACUGUUUCUGGCACCCGUUUACGCAGAGUACGAGAUGUGGAUAUGAAGCGCGACUAUGCAUUCGUUGAAUUCAGCGACCCAAGAGAUGCCGAUGAUGCAAGAUAUGCAUUGGAUGGUCGAGACAUAGAUGGAAGCCGAAUUGUUGUUGAAUUUGCCAGAGGAGUGCCACGUGGUCCAGGUGGAUCUCGAGAUAACCCUGGAAGAGGUGGUCCCACUCCUGGGUCGGGACGUUGCUUCAACUGCGGAAUUGAUGGUCAUUGGGCUCGUGAUUGCAAAGCUGGGGAUUGGAAAAAUAAGUGUUACCGGUGUGGGGAACGAGGUCACAUAGAAAGAAAUUGUCAAAACAGUCCAAAGAAACUAAGCCACAGACCACGCAGUUACUCACGCUCUCCUAGCCCCUACCGCGGUAGAAGCAAAAGCCUCAGUAACAGCAGGGGACGCAGCAACAGUAGAUCAAGAUCUCCUGUUAAGAGAGACCGAAGCUAUGACCGUGAAGAUAGAAGGUCAAGGAGCUCUAAGCACCACAGGGGUUCUCCUUCCCCUUCUCAAGGGAGGAAGCAUAGUCCGGAUCCUGAGGAAAGAAGGCCACGAGUGAGAGGUAGCCUUUCCCCAAGGGAUCGCCGACAAAUUAAUGGUUCAGAUUACAGUGCAAGUCCUAGGGGAAGAAGCAGAAGCCCUGAAGCUGAAGCGGAUGCCGAGGACAGGGCUCUUGGGAAUUCCACAAAGGAAAAUGGUGAGAGCGGCAGCCCUUGUCCUCCACCAAGGGAUGAUCGAAGCCCUAUUUAUGAUGACGAGGAUAAUAAUGCUUCCACCAGACGCAGUGAAUCAAAUUAAGGCAAGCGGUGGUUUGAAUUGGGUGUUAUGCUUAUUAGUGACAAUUUGUGUUUUUUGCAGUAACUUUGAAUUUUAUUUUAUA